GGGCCCCUGGCCCAGCUCCCCUCAACAGGCCCCCUCUCCAGGAGCACCGACAGCGCCCUCUGCAAUUCUCCCCAGGGAAAAUACAGAAGAGGCGAAUACCAUGGGGCAAACAGCGAAUGAAGAUCAUUUUGACUGGGACAAGUACUUGAAAGAGACUGGAUCGAUAAGUGCUCCUUCUGAAUAUUUCAGACAGUCUAAGACUCCACCAACUAAUGAAUUCCAAAUUGGUAUGAAAUUGGAAGCCCGUGACCCUCGCAAUAUUGAUUCUGUGUGUGUUGCUUCGGUCAUUGGAAUUACUGGAGCCAGAUUACGUCUACGACUGGAUGGUAGUGACAAUAAGAAUGACUUUUGGAGACUUGUGGAUUCAUCAGACAUACAACCUGUUGGGACUUGUGAACAAGGAGGGGAUUUACUUCAGCCUCCACUGGGGUACACAAUGAAUGCUUCAUCAUGGCCCAUGUUCUUACUACGUGUACUAACUGGAUCUGAACUGGCACCUGCAGUGUUCUUUAAGGAGGAACCACCACGUCCACCCCAAAAUAAUUUUAUAGUUGGGAUGAAGAUUGAAGCUGUCGAUAGAAAAAAUCCAUUUAUGAUCUGUCCUGCCACAAUUGGAGCUGUCUGUGGAGAUCAACUUCACAUCACAUUUGAUGGAUGGAGUGGAGCAUUUGAUUAUUGGUGUGAUUAUGACUCCCGAGACAUCUUCCCAGUUGGAUGGUGUCGCCUCACAGGAGAUGUAUUACAGCCACCAGGAAAAAUUGUUGAAAAAAGACCAAGGCGCAAAAGAAGGACCAGACUAUGGAGACUUAGAACUGCUCUUUUGGGAAAUGAAGAAGAGGCCCCAGAAGCUGCAGAAGAACCUGGGACCAGUGUAUCUACUUUUGGAGAUGAAAACAAAACAGUGAAAGAUUGCCAAGGAGAAGCUGCAGAAGAACCUGGGACCAGUGUAUUUACUUUUGGAGAUGAAAACAGAAGUUUGAAAGAUUGCCGAGGAGGUUGGAAAAAACCCAAGGGCAGAGGAUUCAUCACACCUAGACAAGAUGAAACCAGACCUGGGAAACAUGACCAAGGAGCCCCAGCUGGGAAAAAACCCAGGGGCAGAGGAUUCACCCAACCUUUGGAAGAUGAAGCCAGACCAGGAAGAGAUGUCCAAGUAGCCCCAGCUGAGAAAAAACGUAAAGACAAAACAGCCACCACACCUUGGACUGAGGAACCCAGACUUUUCCCAGAUCAAGGAGAUGCCCCAGCUAAGAAAAAACGCAAGGGCAAAACAGCCACCACACCUUGGACUGAGGAACCCAGACUUUUUGCAGAUCAAGGAGUAGCCCCAGCUGAGAAAAAACGCAAGGGUAAAACAGCCACCACACCUUGGACUGAAGAACCCAGACUUUUUGCAGAUCAAGGAGCAGCCCCAGCUAAGAAAAAACGCAAGGGCAAAACAGCCACCACACCUUGGACUGAGGAACCCAGACUUUUUGCAGAUCAAGGAGCAGCCCCAGCUGAAAAAAAAACCAAGGGCAAAAGAGUCACCAAAUCUCGGAAAGAUCAAGCCCAGUUUUUAGCUGAUGAAGAAGCAAUGCCAGCUCUUUUCUCAGCUCUUAGUGUGAGCAGUACAGAGAAAACACCACCUUCUUCCUCUGAACAACCAAAGUCUUCUACCUCCGGGAAAACAAAAUCCACCUCCAAAGGGGCUCAAACUUCAAGGAAGUCUCCACGGAAAACAAGUGUGCAACCAGUACCAAAGACAAGCAAGAAAGCAGGAAAAUCUAAGUCUACUGGAAAUACUUCAUCCCCUAAGAAGGGCAUUACUAUUAAAAUUGUCCUACCAAAGAAAAAGGGUGGAAAGUCUGGAAAAAAGGAAAAAAGUAUUCCAGUUAUUUCUUCUACAUCUUCAGCUUCUUUAAGUACACUGAUAAAAAGUUCUUCAUCUAAUAAGACUUCUGCGGGGCCAUCUAAAAUAGUGAUGUCUACAGUUUGUGUGUAUAUAAAUAAACAUGGAGAUUAUGGCCCCUUCCUGGAUCCACAGAAGGUUCAGCAACUACCUAACCACUUCGGUCCAGGCCCUGUGAAUGUCAUUCUCCAGCGGAUUGUGCAGGCCUGUGUCAAUUGUGCCUUUCAGGCCAAGGAUGUGUUUCUAUUUCUUAAAACAGAUAAUAGAGGAGGAGAAAUGAUAACUGCCUUCUUUGAUGGGAAAGUUCAUACUGUUCAGCUCCCUCCAGUGAAUAGUGCAUCAUUUGCACUUCGCUUUCUUGAAAAUUUCUGCCAAAGCCUGCAGUGUGAUAACUUUUUGAGUAGCCAGCCUUUCAGACGUGAGGCUCAAGUUCCUACCCCAGAUACAAACACUGAUCAAAGCAAACCAGAAAAUGGGGAACCAAAGGAAAAGAGAAGCCUCAAACGAUUGUCUCUGCAUCCUCACCGUUCUGCUCCUGUCUCAUCUAAGGUUCCCAGAAAGUCUGGGCAAGCCUCUAAAGGAAAUUGAUGGGAAAGCUCUGCUACUACUGAAGAGUGAGCUGCUGAUGAAGUAUAUGGGGCUGAAACUAGGACCAGCA